CGAUGGCCAAGUUGACGGAAUCCAUGACUAAUGUCCUGGAGGGUGACUCCAUGGACCAGGAUGUCGAGAGCCCUGUGCCCAUCCACCAGCCAAAGUUACCUAAGCAAGCCAGGGAGGACCUGCCCCGGCACAUCAGUCGGGACCGGACCAAAAGGAAAAUCCAGAGGUACGUGAGGAAGGAUGGCAAGUGCAACGUGCACCAUGGCAAUGUGAGGGAGACCUACCGCUACCUGACCGACAUCUUCACCACCCUCGUGGACCUCAAGUGGAGGUUCAACCUGCUCAUCUUCGUCAUGGUGUACACAGUGACGUGGCUCUUUUUUGGAAUGAUCUGGUGGCUGAUCGCCUACAUCCGAGGGGACAUGGACCACAUCGAGGACCCCUCCUGGACUCCCUGUGUCACCAACCUCAAUGGGUUCGUCUCUGCUUUUUUAUUCUCCAUAGAGACAGAAACCACCAUCGGCUAUGGCUACCGGGUCAUCACGGACAAGUGCCCGGAGGGCAUCAUUCUCCUCUUAAUCCAGUCUGUGUUGGGCUCCAUUGUCAAUGCCUUCAUGGUGGGAUGUAUGUUUGUAAAAAUCUCUCAACCCAAGAAGAGGGCAGAGACCCUGGUCUUCUCCACACAUGCGGUGAUCUCCAUGCGGGAUGGGAAGCUGUGCCUGAUGUUCCGGGUAGGGGACCUCAGGAAUUCCCACAUUGUGGAGGCUUCCAUCCGAGCCAAGCUGAUCAAGUCCAAGCAGACCUCAGAGGGGGAGUUCAUCCCGCUGAACCAGACGGACAUCAACGUGGGCUACUACACGGGGGACGACCGCCUGUUCCUGGUGUCGCCGCUGAUCAUCAGUCACGAAAUCAACCAGCAGAGUCCGUUCUGGGAGAUCUCCAAAGCUCAGCUCCCCAAGGAGGAGCUGGAGAUCGUGGUCAUCCUUGAGGGCAUGGUGGAAGCCACAGGGAUGACAUGCCAAGCCCGGAGCUCCUACAUCACGAGUGAGAUCCUCUGGGGCUACCGUUUCACACCCGUCCUGACGCUGGAGGACGGAUUCUACGAAGUUGAUUACAACAGCUUCCAUGAGACCUAUGAGACCAGCACCCCUUCUCUCAGUGCCAAAGAGCUGGCUGAGUUGGCCAGCAGGGCAGAGCUGCCCCUAAGUUGGUCUGUGUCCAGCAAACUCAACCAACACGCAGAACUGGAGACCGAGGAGGAAGAAAAGAACCAGGAAGAGCAGACGGAAAGAAAUGGUGAUGUGGCAAACCUGGAGAAUGAAUCCAAAGUGUAGUGGCCUCGCUGGGCACCCCCUCCCUUCGCCCUUGACAAAACCUUUCCUCAUCUCUCAUUCUCUUAACUAUCUCUCUUACUUGGUUCUUCCUUCCAUUUAAUUUUGAUAUUGCCAGAAAAAAAAAUCUUCAAGGUGUAAAAUAUCUACCUGCCCUCUCUUUGAUAUCUAGGCGGACAAGGUAGACAUGCAUUUGGUUAAGGUGCAAUGCAAUGUGCCCACCUUUGUGGCCCAAGCCUGGUCUCCUCCCAAAACAUCGCAUCCAACGCCUGCAGAUUUAAACUAUGGACCUACAUGUGUGGCACAGUAGCAGAUCGCUCACAAGGGUGUGUCAACUAUUCUACCUGGGAUGUGACAAGUAAGGUCACUGGUGCCUAUCUUCUCCCGCAGCAGGUCAUGGCUUAGAGCCCUCACUUUCUAGAUCCCAACACCUGACAUCCACAAGGGGCAAGGUGCUUACUCCAGGUGGCCAUUGCAGUUACAGGACCCAUGACAGCAGAGACAAGCCACUGUACAUACACACACCUUAUGCCAUCCUUUCCUUUUUGCAGUUAGUCACCGCACCCUGCAUGUACAGAAGUCCCACAGAACAGCUCUUCUGAAUAAUGUACAUAGAUGUUUCAUUAACGUAGGCUUAAAAUCUGUAGCUUAGGAAAUAAGCAAAAACAAACCAACAACAAUAACAAA